GUCUCGUUGAUACGGUCAAAUGGACUGCAGUGAUUGGAUGUCGUGCAGGCAGCGCGCGCACUCUGCAUACAGGUGGCGCACAUUUUUUUGACAGAUGCAGAUAAACAGAGCGGCGCGGCCGUGUGAAAAUGUUUUCCCCCAGUUUUCAUGGGAAGUAGCAAGUCUUCUCGAGUCAAAAGGCUCGAGUCCAAGUGAAGUCACAAGUCAUCGAUGUUAAAGUCCAAGUCGAGUUGCAAGUCUUUGUACGUUUUGUCGAGUCGAGUCUCAAGUCAUCAAAUUCAUGACUCGAGUCUGACUCGAGUCCAAGUCACAUGAGUCGAGUCCACACCUCUGGUGUUUUGGCGUUAACCAUCACGCCAGUGAUGAGUUAACAAUUUUUUUUGUGUACCAACAGACGCUGCCCGCCACCUCUCAACCACCAUGUGACCUGUCCUGUUUCUGUAGUGGUUGUUGAAUUUCCGCCCUCUGAUCUCAGGACAGCUAACCUGACGGAAACUGAACAUACGAGCAGCUUCUAGCCUCUAAUUGUGUUCACUGAGCUGCAAGACUCCGCUCAGCAAACAGCAGACAGACACUAUCAGCAGAUGUCCUCUCUGAAACAGGCGAGAAUGGCAUCAGUGUCAGUUAGCUCCUACCUCAACAAGGCCAUACGGCAGCAAUACAUAAGCCUGCCGCAGGGGGGGAAGUGCCAGGUCACCUACAUCUGGAUCGACGGCACAGGGGUGGGUCUCCGCAACAAGACCCGAACCCUGGACAGCGAGCCAAGCAGCAUAGACGAUAUCCCGGAGUGGAACUUUGCUGGCUCGGGCACGUACCAGGCCGAAGGCUCCAACAGCGACAUGUACCUCAUCCCAGUCCGCAUGUUCAGGGAUCCGUUCUCCCUGGACCCCAACAAGCUGGUCCUCUGUGAGGUCCUCAAAUACAACCGCUUGCCUGCAGAAACAAACCAUCGAGCAGCCUGCAGAGACGUGAUGGAGAAGGUUAAAGAUCACUGCAUAUGGUUUGGCAUGGAGCAGGAGUACACGCUGUUCGGAAUAGACGGACACCCUUACAGUUGGCCCACCAAUGGAUUCCCAAAAGCCCAAGGACCCUUCUACUGCGGCGUGGGGGCCGACUGCGCUUAUGGACGGGAUAUUGUGGAGUGCCACUACAAGGCCUGCCUCUAUGCAGGGGUCAAAAUCGGUGGUACCAACGCUGAAGUUAUGCCAUCACAGUGGGAGUUCCAGGUGGGACCCUGCGAGGGUAUUGAGAUGGGGGACCACCUGGGGGUCGCCCGCUUCCUGCUGCACCGCAUUUGUGAAGACUUUGGUGUUGUUGUGUCACUGGACCCCAAACCAAUGAAGGGCAACUGGAACGGUGCUGGUUGCCAUACCAACGUCAGCACCAAGCAGAUGAGGGAAGCAGGAGGAUUGCAAUACAUCGAGCAGGCCAUCGAGAAGCUGAGCAAAAAACACAGCGAGCACAUCCGAGUGUACGACCCGCACGGAGGGGCGGACAACACGAGGCGCCUCACAGGUCUCCACGCGACCUCCUCCAUCGAAGACUUCUCUGCCGGAGUGGCCAACCGGGACGCCAGCAUCCGCAUCCCGCGCCAGGUGGGCCAGGAGCAGAAAGGCUACUUCGAGGACCGUCGGCCUGCAGCGAACUGCGACCCGUACGCCGUGACCAAGGCCAUCACAACCACCUGCCUGCUUGAUCUAGAAGGCACAGAAGAGAGCAAGUAGAAGAAAGGUGCUCCUGGAAGGAUCUGGCUCUGCCAGAACAAAAGAUGACACUUUUUUAUUUUUUUCCCCUUGAUUCAUGUAUGUUUCAAACUCGUAUUGCAUGUGUUAGUGUGAGUGAAAUAAAACGAUGGCAACAGUUUGAGGCCCUUGAUACAAUCAGGAGCAUAGCAGCAUAGCAGCUAAAAGCUGCUUCAUCCUGUCUAUUUAUCCAUUGAUGCUUCUUUCCCCUGUCCAGCCACAACCAUUAAAUAUAAUAUCAAUCCUGUUACACCGGAUUCAACACUGUCUUUGCUUCUUUUUAAAAAAACGAAUUGAGCGACUUGAGA